UCCCCGUCUGGUCCCUGAUGUCCGCUUUUAACUAUUUCAAGCUAAGUCAAUUACCCACAUUAUGUAGCAGCUGUCUACAACCUUUAUUAAUUACUACAGUACAAAACGCACCGACAGACUGUUAAUCAGCUAACUGUGUCUGGACCGUGUCGACACACAAAAAAACCUCUCCCAAGCACUGCUCCACCUCUGCCAACUCCGCACAGAGCGCUGUUGAGGGCAUGGAAGCACACGGCUCAGAGCAUCAGACCCCUAGAAAAAGGAGGAGAGAAGGCUCAAAUGGAGAAACGGACGACAGUCAGCGGUUGGCCAAAGCUCCACGUCGCACUGUGGGCCUUAGAGAACCAGCCCCAUUUGCAGAUGAACUGGAGACAGUAAAAACACCCUAUGUUCGCGUGACCAUGGAAGAGGCACAGCGUGGCACACCACCAGAUCGACCUGUGCGUGUGUAUGCUGAUGGGAUUUUUGACAUGUUUCAUUCGGGUCAUGCCAGGGCUCUGAUGCAGGCCAAGAGCUUGUUUCCAAACACACACCUUAUUGUAGGAGUGUGCAAUGAUGAUUUGACGCAUAAGUUCAAGGGCUUUACUGUGAUGAACGAAGAUGAGCGCUACGACGCUGUCAGUCACUGUCGCUACGUGGAUGAGGUUGUGCGUAAUGCGCCGUGGACACUGACACCAGAGUUUCUUGCCAAACACAGAAUUGACUUUGUUGCCCAUGAUGAUAUUCCGUACAUCUCUGCGGGGAGUGACGAUGUUUACGAGCACAUAAAGAGAGCAGGCAUGUUCGCCCCCACCCAGAGGACGGAGGGCAUCUCUACCUCUGACAUCAUCACGCGAAUUGUGCGGGAUUAUGACGUUUACGUGCGUCGCAACCUGCAGAGGGGCUACACGGCCAAGGAGCUCAACGUCAGCUUCAUCAACGAGAAGAAGUACCAUCUACAGGAGCACGUAGACAAGGUGAAGCAGAAGGUGCGAGAUGUUGAGGAGAAGAGUAAGGAGUUUGUGCAGAAGGUGGAGGAGAAGAGCAUCGACCUCAUUCAGAAAUGGGAGGAGAAGUCCAGAGAGUUCAUCGGCAACUUCCUUCAGAUGUUUGGACCAGACGGCGCACUGAAGCACAUGCUGAAGGAGGGCAGGGGUAGAAUGCUUCAGGCCAUCAGUCCCAGACACAGCCCCGACAGCAGCCCAACGCAGGAGGAGCGCCCGCCCUCCCCUGCCUUCCGCCUCCCCUUCUUCACAAGGACGUCUCCUCCAUCCUCACCUCCUCUUCACAGCGGAGCAAACAGCAUUAGCGAGGAUGAGGACGAGGAAGACUAAUCUCUUCGUUUAACCCCCGUAACACCUGUCUUCCAUCAACCUGUUUCUGCUUUUUUUCUUUCUCUCUCUCUCUCUCUCUGUCUGUCCUGGCUGAUGUGAUGUGUUGAAGGACAAGGAUGAGAUGUUUGAGCAGAUACAGAGACUAGGAUAAAACCAUACUCAGUACCACCCUGUCACCAGAGCCAUGAGGUCAGACCAUGUCUGCAGUUUCUCCUCUUUUCUCUGUCAGUAAACAGACCAAACACACACACACACACACUAACACAAACACACACAAGUUAUCUCAACUAACGUUUAAAACCCUGGGUGUAUGUUCAUAUCUGAUCCCAGGUAAAAAGGGACCACACAUUGUUUGUUUGUUUUUUCCUGGGAAAGUCUUGAAUGUGAUGCUCCAGUCUUGUUUAUUUAUGUAAAAUUUGUGUAUGUUCAUGGAUAAACCAAGCAUAAAUUCAAUCAUAUGCUACCUUCAGCCCAAGCACAUGGCUAUAGUUCUUUACCACCAUAUAAACUGUUAUGUCAAACAUCAUGUGUAGUAAAACGUUUAAGUAAAUUUGUGUUAUGUGGAUAAGAUUCAGGUUUCUCACUCUUAAGGCUUGAAGGGACCUCAAAUCAAAAGUACAGCCUCUGUACACUUUUGCGUUAUAUGGUCCAAAGCAGCUAUUGUUUAGCUGUGUAUUCUGCAUUUCUCUACAUUGGCCAGAUCCACAGGUUUAAUAGGCAUUGUGUUGUCUGGAUGGAUUUGGGGUUUUGGGACAGAGGGUGAUGAGGGACAUUUGGGAGUUUUUCCCCCCUUAUGGAGUCAUGGAAUGCUCUCCCUCCCCUCUUCCCGUAAAGCACAGAGCAGUGGGUUCUCUUCACCCGGAAAACACCAGGAUGAAUGGUUGCUAUCUAUCGUCCUCUUAUCUGUGUUCUCUCUGUCUUAAAUGCCCAGCUAUCCCAUAUCACCAUAGCAACCCCUGGCAAUGAUUUAGAGCAGAUUUCUUUCCUGGUAGCAGUGGAGGAUGCUCAGGUUUUGUUUUGUUUUUUUGUCCAAAAGUAAUUCAGUUAUUUCAACAUAAACAUAUUUUGUUCAUUGUCCCUUUGCUUAUCUUUUGACAGUCUUGUUACAGAUAUUAGUAAUAUACAUAUGUGUGUGUGUGUGUGUGUGUGUGUCAUGUGUAGAAAGGACAUACAUUUCAGUUGAUCUCAUCUACAUUUCCAUUUUUCUUUCACUUCAACAUUUGACAUAAUCUGGUCUUCCUGAGUCUUGGCUUCAGUUCAGACCAUGUCUGAUGGCCUCAUUUCCCUAGGGCUGAUGCCACCACCCACCCCCCUCUCUGCAGCACUGUGGCAUUCCACUCGCUCUUUCCUCCAACGGAUUUUCCAUGUUUACAAUGCUCGGGGCCCAGUUGGAGACGUGAGAGCUCUGUGCUAGUGUAGCUGUUUAGACGGAACACAUCCUCUUAGAGGUCACAGGUACAGUACCUGAGAAAUGACUCUUAGAGGUCACAGGUACAGUACCUGAGAAAUGACUCUUUGAGGUCACAGGUACAGUACCUGAGAAAUGACUCUUAGAGGUCACAGGUACAGUACCUGAGAAAUGACUCUUUGAGGUCACAGGUACAGUACCUGAGAAAUGACUCUUAGAGGUCACAGGCACAGUACCUGAGAAAUGACUCUUAGAGGUCACAGGUACAGUACCUGGGAAAUGACUCUUAGAGGUCACAGGUACAGUACCUGAGAAAUUACCCCUAGGCGAAUCACUGAACAUGUGAUUCAUCUUGUUAAUGACGAGACUACCCGUUGUAUUAUGUUUAUAAUUUUACAAUAACAGCAACAAUAAGAGCAAUUCCCUGAAACUUUUGUCGGCUGGAUUUACCAAAACUGUAUCCAUGUACAGUAAAGUUUGUAAGCCUUAACGUGCAAAAAUACCAACAGGACAAGUGACUGGUGCAUUGUGGCCACCAAUCACGUUGCAAGUUUUGCGUGAGCUGCAAGCAUUUUGAGGUUUUGGUAAACCAGCUCCUUUGUAUGUUGCUAUAUAUUUAUACACGUGUUCGUUUGCCUACGUCUUUUUCCAUGUAU